AAUAAAAAACAAGAAGUUAAACAUGUGAAGUGGAUUUGCAAGGGCUGAAGCUGAAAAACGAUCAUCGCUCUAGGAUUGUGGCGCAGUCUGAAGUACGACCUCAAAACGGACGAGUCUUGUUGAUUAACGAUCUUCGGAUUGCCUGCUGCCUAGCUAGGACCUAAUUAGGUACAUAUAUAGCGCUAGAAGCACCUAAUAUGGCACCUAAACAUGUGCGUAAUUCGCCCUUUGAUACGCGUACCCACUGAGUCAGCCGCUCUAAGUCUGCCUGUCUGUCUUACUUUAGAAUGUUGGGGAGGGAUCUCUUCCGACAGCCUCAACCUUCUAGUCGUGGGGGAGUUUAGAUACUGGAUACGUGCCCAGCUACGUGCCAAUCAUCGCCGUAUUGAUAUCUUAUUGUACUGCAAAGCGAGCCCCAUUUCGGGAAUAAAACUCUGCUAUGAAAUACAAAUUAACAAAUCAAAUUACGCUUCGGAUAGAUAACCCUUCACCCUCGCCCCGACCCCUCCUCAAUCCCCGAGCGGAAACU